AUGCUCCCAACGCCGACCCCCUCAGAGGAGAGACACUCAACACCCUCAGACGAGGGAAACUCGUCUCCGUCUGACACGGAGCCCACGCUCCUUCACCCACAAUUUCUCGCGCCCGUUCCCGCCAAUGUCUCGAACCACUGGGUGUACCUCUUCUUCCGGUUCUGCGCCGAAAGGCAUGCCAUGUACGACCGUCGCGUGGCCGGUGUCGAGCGCGACAAGCUCACCGCGGAUGAAACCAUGCAGAGUUUGCAUAUUGGCAACGUCUACCGCGAGCUGGACCCCGGCGGAGCCAACAUUCUCAAGAACGCGCUGAACGUUGGCGACCAGUCGCGCGAAGAGGUGGUCUUCCGCAUGCUGCUGUAUGCCCAGUUCUACAACCCGGACACGUGGGCGGCCCUCAGCAGCGUUGCGGAGGGUGGCCUGCCUUCAUUGGCUCAUUACGAGGCCGACCUUCCAAAGUUCGAGGCAGUGCUGUAUCGUAUAAGCAUGGUUGAAGGUGUCAAGAUCUACUACGGCGGCUUCCAACUCGUUCCGCCAACGAUCUACUUUACCGACGACCGCAACCGCGACAAGGCGAUGCACCACUAUGCAGCGUCCCUCCGCCUCGUUCUUGCCAUGAUGAAGGCCGGCCUCCCUGCCAUGCUCGAGCAAUGCGUUUUCGCUGUCGACGCCAGCAACGUCUUGCAGACUCUCCCCACCCUCGGCGGCUUCCUCUCGCUCAACAUCCUGUGCAUGCUGAACCAAACGCCGCACUUUGACUGGCCGUACAGGAGGUUUGCGUCGUGCGGCCCUGGUUCGCGCAAGUGCCUGCAGAGGAUGUUCGGCAAGGAGGUCAUCAACUCUGUCGCCAUGGAAGAGGCAGGCCUGCAGUGGCUGAGCGACAACCAGUGGAGAUAUUGGGCGCGGCUCGGUAUUGACCCGACGUAUGCCAAUGACGUUCCUGGCAUCAGGCCUGAAGAGCAGCAUGCGCUCUUUGGCGAUGUUCCUGCGCCCGUCUACGAUGCCGAGGUCACUGAGACCGCACACGAGCCGGCAUGGUGCGUCCCGGAGCAACACAUUGGUGACUGGCGCCUGUUUGACGAGGCUGCCGCGAGGCUCGACCAUCUCGACGACGGCGAGGACGUGUACGAGGUCGAGAAGGUUGUCGGCCGCAGGGGCGGUAACGGACGCGGCGACACGACGGGUCUGUUCCGCGUACGCUGGCGUGGCUGGGCGCCAGAGGAGGACACUUGGGAGACCGCCGCCGUCCUCAAGGAUGGUUCGGAAGAGGUCCUCGACGAGUGGCUCGACUGGGAGAAGCGCGUGUGGGCGGCUAUCGAGGACGUCAAACAGAACAAGCCGUUCAAUAACCCCACGGACCCCAAGGCGGAGGACGGCGAGGGCAUUGGCGAGCCAUCCUCGAAGCGCCGCAGGAGUGGGCGCAUCAGCCUCCCCAAGGCCGAGGAUGCCGAGGCUACUGGUGAGCCAUCCUCCAAGCACCGCAGGACUAGGGGUACCGCUCGCACCAGCUUGCCCAAUGUCCACGCCGAGGAUGCCGAGGUCAAAGGCGAGUCAUCGUCCAAGCUCCGCAGGACAAGGGCACCUGCACGCUCGAGCUUGGGCAAGCUUAAGGUUGAGGUUGUGAUCCCGACUCGUCGCCCGGUCCCUAUCACCGUCGACACCAGUGACUCUGAGGUUGAGGUUUUCAUGCCCUCCAACCGUCGCAAGACCCGCGCCAGCACCGUCACCAGUGUGGUCGACAGCGACGACGGCGACUGGUCCCCAACCGAUCACAGAGCCCGUACUAACACGGGCGCAAGUGAGGUUGGCAACAGCGACGGCGACUGGUCUCCCACCCGUCGUAGGCCUCGCACCAGCUCGGGCGCCAAGGUGGAAAGGACCCCAACUCGCCGCAGCGCACGCACCAGCCUGCGUGCCACGGAGCCCGAGACAGACGAGGAGUGGUCUCCCACCCGCCGCAGGCCUCGCACCAGCACGAGCGCCAAGAAGGUGGAAAGGACCCCCACACGCCGCAGCGCACGUGCCAGCCUGCGUUACAAUGAGCCCGAGACGGACUCGGAGUAA